CGGGGCCCAGAGCAGCGUGACACCAGCUCUUUGUGAGGAGGAGACGGCCCAUGUUCCCGGGGGACAGGAGGAGCUUUGCGACACGAAGGACAUUUUUAGAAAGGCACUGGGGAGCAAAUGGACCCUGUGUACACCAGACCUCCCCGCUCCUCUGGGCCUUGUGUUGUGUUGAGYCUGCCCGGUGAGAGCGGCAUGUCCUGAGCGGCACCAACUCCUCCCUCCGAGAUGGCAGCUACAGGGAGGUUCAGCGCCGCGAACCCCGGCAACCCCCAGCCUGGGGACCUGAUCGAGAUUUUCCGGCCAGCUUAUCAGCACUGGGCCCUCUACCUGGGGGAUGGCUACAUCAUCAAUGUGACGCCUGUAGACGAAGGGCCUUCAUCAUCGUUCGCCAGUGCCAAGUCAGUCUUCAGCAGAAAGGCCCGGGUAAGGAUGCAGCUUCUGAAGGAUGUGGUGGGAGAUGACACCUACCAAAUCAACAACAAGUAUGACAACACUUACCCUCCCCUCCCCGUGGAGGAGAUCAUCCGGCGGGCCGAGUACUACAUUGACCAGGAAGUGUCCUACGACCUGCUUGGCAACAACUGCGAGCACUUUGUGACACUGCUCCGCUACGGAGAGAGGGUCUCUGAGCAGGCCAACCGAGCGAUUGGUGCCAUUGGGUUUGUAACGGCUGCUGCUAAUGCCUUCUACCUGCUGGGCCUUUUGCGGAGAAGAUUCAGAGAAAGACAGUACUGACGGACUCGCGGGACAGCCGGUCAGUGCAGGGCAGCUGCGUCCCUAGCUGGGAUGGAACCAGGACAGCUCACGGAUGUGGCUGCAACUGAGAUUUACUAACUUAUACACACAUAUACACACACACACACACUUACACACACUUAUUGCUUUGCUGAGGACUGAUCCAGUGAUCUUGCAAACGUCUUUCUACACAUGCUAUUUUUACAACCUGGUUCCUCUGAACUAUUUUGUUAAUAACUUUUAAAAACAGUUUGAAGAAAUAUUUUUACAUUGUUUUGAGAACAAAAGUAACAUACCAAUAUUGCUAAAAGUAAUGUGGCAACUAUUGCUCCAACUAAUGGACUGUGCAGCUGCCUAGACCUGMAUGAGUCUGCCUGUGAAAUGGUAAAAAUGGUAGACAAGACAAUACUACAAGACAAUACUACAUCUUUGUCCUUGUAUUGCAGUUCCUAAACUCUGAGCUGCUCUUGAGAAUGAGGAAGGCAGAAAGGAAGGGCAAGUCUUAAAAGACAUCUCCCUUAGUGUUUUAAUUUGGUGUUUUGUUUUUGACGUGGUGGUGUCUUGCUUGGUUUUCUUCCACCUGCAAAAUGUCCCCUUUCCUGUUUCCUCUGACUCCAUCAGGGAGCAGUAAUUAGGGGGCAUUAGGGAGCCCCCCACCUGUUGACUGCUGUGGGGACUCUAACAAACAAAUCAACUAGAUUUUUGUCUGGCAAGUGUUUGUUCCAGGUUGGGAACACUGUGCAGCUGAAAUUUCUCUCUUCAUCCAUUAAGUUCAGUAACUGCUCGUACUGGACCUGACCGAGCUUGUGCUUGGUCAGCACCUGUGCAGCAUCUAAGUGACAUCUCACAAAACCUGGAGAGUCCAGCUAUUUCCCAGUCACAAAGUUGAUGUGCAAUUUGUCUCAUAAGAAAACUACUAUAAAAAGUUGUGGKUUUUUUUUACUGCCUGAAGGAAACAUUUGGUUUGCAUUUUUGGAAUCAUGUCAUUUGCAGACUGCAUAUAAGAAGUUUAACCUAUCUUGCUUUGGCCAUGUGCCACUGCCUGGACUGCAGGAAGAUAUGAGAGCAAAAGAGCUGUCUGCAAGAGGCUUGCUAUUUUUG